AUGCCCUCCUCGUCCAUGCUGACCUUCAUGGUGGUCUUUUUCCUGGAGUCCUUGGCCGCCAUGUUGCAGAAUGGAUUCAUGGCGGCUGUGCUGGGCCUGGAGUGGCUGCGGUGCCGGACACUGCCCACGGCCGACCUGAUCAUAGCCUGCCUGGCCGUGUCCCGCUUCUGCCUGCACGGGAUGGCCAUCUUGAAUGACCUGCUGGCCUUCUUUGAUUCCAAAAUGAACUAUUUCAAUGUUCCCUGGGACUUUAUCAACACCCUCACCUUCUGGCUGACGGCCUGGCUGGCCAUCUUCUACUGCGUGAAGAUCUCCUCCUUCUCUCACCCCAUCUUCUUCUGGCUCAAGUGGAGGAUUUCACGGUCAGUGCCCAGGCUGCUGCUGGGCUCCCUGAUGGUAUCUAGUCUGACCAUCAGCAACUCGGCCAUUGGGAACAGAAACCUCGCGUCCUUGAUGGCGUCCCACGGCGACCAUGGGAACACCACCCUGGCCGAUAGGAUAUGGACUUUCCAUCUCUGCUUCUUCCUUCCCAGUUUUAUGCUUCUGACAUCAAUUCCCUUCUCCCUGUUCCUGGUGUCCAUCCUCCUCCUCAUCUUCUCUCUGCACCGGCACCUGGGCCAGAUGAAGAGCCACGGGUCCUGCCAGCGUGAUCCCAGCACCCAGGCCCACAUUGCAGUCCUGAAGUCUCUCUCCUUCUUUCUCAUCUUUCACACCUCGUACUUCCUGUCCCUGAUUGUUGUGACAACGGGAAUCACCACCUUCCAGAAUCCCUGGCACUGGGCCUGGGAGGUGGUGACAUAUGCGGGCCUCUUUCUGCACUCCGGCACCCUGGUGCUCAGCACACCCAAGCUGAGGAAGGCCCUGAAGACCAGGCCGUGGAAGGCCCUGCUCAGGGGGUGA